GAAGCGAGUCAUAUCUGGACUUGUAAUCUUCUUAUAUACUGUCUAUGGUAAUAGUUGAUCUGUUGUGAUCUGUCUCUAAGACAUCAUGAGCUGUCCUCACAGGACUCAGUCUGGACUCAGUACACCUAGUCAACAGGUGCUGACAUAAACAGGUAGCAGGGGGGAGCUAAGUGGUUCAACAGCAGCUGUUCCAGGCCCAGAUCAAGCAGCCAGUAUGGACUCCUGGGUUCGGUUUAACGCCCAGAGCCAGGCCAAGGAGAGAGUCAUUAGGGCGGCUCAAUAUGCCUGCACUCUGCUGGGCUACACGCUGCAGAAGGGCGGGGCAGCAGCUGAACUGCGUAAAACCGUCAGUCAGCUGGAAGCACACAUGAGCCUAUCGAGAAAGUUGCUGCGCCUGGGAAACUCUGUGGAGGCGCUGGAAGCUGCCAAGAGGGCCAUCCAUCUUUCUGACAGCGUGCUGAGGCUCUGCCUGACAAUCGGCCACCUCAACAGAGCCAUGUACUUUGCCUGUGACAACGUCCUGUGGGCUGGAAAAACUGGCCUCGUCUCCAAACUGGACCAGCACAAGUGGAGUCAGAGAUCUUUCAGGUACUACCUCUUUGCUCUGAUCCUCAACCUGACUCGGGAUGUCUAUGAGCUGCGCCUCCUCAUUGAGUGUGAAGCACGUUACAGAGCUGCCAGAUCGCCACCCUCACCCAGCCCCACCCUGCCCACUGACCACUUGUUGUCCCCCUCCACACCUGAUAUGUUGGCUUGGCUCCGCAGACAGCUCCACCUGCUGGUGACGGUGCUGUACAGCAACCCGCCACUGCUGCUGGACCUGUUGAAGAACAGCUGCGAUAUCUUCAUCCCACUGGACCGGCUGGGGAUUUACCCUACAGGGCAAGGCUUUGUCGGGGCCUGUGGCCUGGCCUCCUCUGUCCUCUCCAUCCUCACCAUGGUCCAUCCCUGGCUCAAGCUUAAGCCAUGAACCCAGAUACACAGUGGAGGGGUCCAUCUGAGGAGCUACGAGGAGGACUCAGAUGAGAAUCUAACGGAGCUAACAAACCCUCAUCAUUCUGUAAAUGCAGCAGGUGCUAGUGACUGGUAUCACAUUUUGGAAUAGUGGCAGGGCAACAAAAUCCUUCAAAUAUCCUCAAACAGGUUGCAUCCACGAGGAGUGUCUUCCACUCUGCAUUACAUACGGCUUACACUGAUUAACAGCUCACAGCUUAUUACUGACCUGCAUGUUUGAACUGAUCAAAGUUACGACGUCAUGCUUUAGAUGAAAGUUGUGACCCAGCAGUGUAGCAGUGCUGCACAGACCCCCCACUCACAAAGCUAACCCUCAUCCAUUAAGUCAUUCUACAUGUCAGUCCUGAGUCAUCAAACUCACCUGGUGGUAGGGAGGCUUCUUAGUGACCUACUUGAUUUACCCCUACAUAGAUGGGUCAUGUUGCCUACCCUUGGUGUUGGCCUCAGUUAAUUUAGUCAACAAAUAAACACAGACAGAAACUAAAGCCAAGAAUUCUUUAGUGAUGAGGGUUAUCAUUGUUCACAGUUUUAACAAACGGUUACUGACUAUCAGCAGCACGCAACUUUCACAUGACCGUGUCUCUACUCUCUCCUCUUGCGUCUCCCCUCUGACAGGCUCAUAUUAGAUAAGACCCACCAUCUUGAUGUUUGACAACCAAUCAAAAUGAGGGAUCAACAUGCAAGGUUUUGGCGACAUAAUUGAUGGAGGCCGCAGCAUGCUGCCUUUUGGUCAUGUUGUAAAAUAGCUUUUUAAAUUGUGUACCUUCAAAAGGUCAGUGACUUCCAUCAACUGUUGAGAGUACAAAGCUGAAGCAUUUGAUUCUAAAGCCAAAACACAAUGCCUUAGGAGGACAAAUAUUUCAAUUGUCAUGUUAUACCAAAUUGUGUUGCAUGUUGUAGCAGGCCCAAGGGAAGAUUCAAUAGGGAGAAUAGAAUCCUGUCAUUGAUCUGGACUACACCCAUUCUCUUUUGUCCCCAUGUGGUAUACAGUACAUUGGUCUUCACCCUUUGUCAGUUUGUCUAUUUGUCAAGUGAGUGCCGGUGUGAGAAGAGAACACCUUCCCAGUUUAACAUGUAAAUAGGAAAAAACUGAAAUGUCUCCCGUACUCAGAUGAACAAAUGCAUAUUUUCUGACCUAGAAUCUGAAAUAUCACUGCUUGUGUUGUUACAUUCUGUUUGGACUUAAUGAUCUAAUUAUGAUGAUUCUUUUUUUUUAAAUAACAUUCUGUCACCCGUAUCACUUUUCGGCAGUAAGCAUCUACAGUAUGUUGUCAUUUGGGAACCUCGACCCAAAUAUGUCAGAUACCAUCAGGCAAAUUUUACACCCAUAUAAAAUUGUGUGCUGAAA